ACAGAAGUCCAAUUGAGAAUCAACAGCAAAAAAAGUUUAUAAGCGUAUUUAAAGUAAAGCCAUAACAAUAAGUAAAUAAUGUCUGACUAUGAUAGUGUACGCAUAAAAAAGUUGGUUUUUAAGGGAGAAAAACACAAAAAAAGUAAAAAGCGAAAGAAGGAAAAGGAACACAAACAUGACGAGACAGUCAAACGUAGCAAGACGGUUACGGAUGAAGAUGCGAUUCAGCACGCGGGUUGGUGGACAGCGACGACAGCAGCGAGCAUUGUUGGCUCGGUGGCCAUUGAAUUUGGCGAACGCUGUUAUUUGAAAGCCCUGGACAAUGGAUUGUUUACUUUGGGCGCGCCGCACAAUCCAGGUGAAGGUCCCGAUCCGGAGGAAAUAUUUACGGCGUUUCCCAUCAACGAACGCAAGGUCUCCUUCAAAUCGGGCUACGGCAAAUAUCUGAAAAUUGAAAAGGACGGCAUGGUUACGGGACGCUCGGAGGCUGUUGGCAGCAUGGAACAGUGGGAGCCCGUCUUCGAGGACAAACAAAUGGCUCUACUCUCAGAAACGGGUCACUUCAUGUCCAUCGAUCCGGAGGACGACGCUUGUGUGGCCCUGCACAAGAAAGUGGGACCCUUAGAAAUUUGCCGCGUGCGCACCAAUGCAGCCAGGGAUGUUGUUGUCGACGAACAGCCAAAAGAGGAAAAAGGCGAUCUGGGUGAAGUUGAGAAAAACUAUGUCAAAAAGUUUCAAAAGUUCCAGGACAAAAAGAUGCGCAUUAGCAAGAACGAUGUGAAGGAGCUGGAGGAAGCUAAGGCCCAAGGACUGCUACAUGAAACUCUGCUCGAUCGGCGAAGCAAGAUGAAAGCCGAUCGAUAUUGCAAAUAAAGCGUACAAAUUUAUGUAACAGGAGGAAAAA